CUCUGCUUGCAAAGCGACUACGACUAUUGUCACUACUACUUGGUCCCAAUGACUGCGAUGUCUGCUACAAAAUCAUUUGCGUAACAUACAUUCACUUAGAGCUGAUUGCAAUGCUACUGCAUCUAUUUAUACUCCUUACGCUUCAAGUCUGCCAUGUCGCUAUUUCGUGUCCAACUAAUGAGAAACUAGGUGUUUGCGAUGGUGGGGCUAAUUUCCCGCAAUUAUACUGCCCUGGUGUGGAUAUAGAAGUGAAUAAAUGGACUUGCAAACCAAGAAAGAAAAUAAGGUGUGUGUGCAGUGGUGAACUUCGCAGAAGUAUGGAUGGAAAAUGCGUCCGUGAGGAGCAAUGCGGAAAAUACACCAUGCUAAAGGCAAACACACACCAGUCAGGAGGGAAAUAUGGGGAUACAUCCCAGCUUCUACCAGUUGACAACUACGAAAGAACUAUAUCGCUGCUUAAAAGCUUUUCCACUAUAGAAUUGUUGAUGAUGUCAGAAGAAACAUGGGUACAGGGUGACUGUAUAUGCAUGAAGUCUGUAUUCCUUGCGGCUGGCAUUGAAGGAGCCGAAAGGACGGUGGAAUGUUACGCCUAUCGCAAAAUAAGUGGGGCUCCACCAAAGCUACAAGGCAUAGUUGGUAUGGAGAGAAUGCUAAAAAUAACUAGGAAUCUUGACAUCGAAGCGAAAAGACAGGACGGUACAAUAAUUUCCAUUUGGCUUCUUGAAGAAUCGAACAGUAGAGCAAAAGAAAUUGACCUGCCAUUUGAACUGAAACAUCAAUACAAAGUUCAUACAGCCACGCCGACGUGUCUUCUGUUAACAUUUGAACCAUAUGUAGAUGGAAAGCCACAAUGCAUGCUAUGGGGAGUACGUGAUGGUGAUGAUGUUACAAAGAGCGAAUGCUACAGCGCGUCCUUGUCUUGCGCGAAUAUGACCGACACUUUGGAAUCACCAGAUGAUGAUCCUUGCUAUGCGUACGACCAGUAUGAAAAACGUGGCAAUGAAAAAGCGCUACAGGAAGCACUAGCUAAGAUACAAGAUUAAAUGAGUGGGUUGCUUUCGACACUCACAGUGUGUUGUGUGGUUCAGAACAUGAGCGGAAUAAAAAUAAAUGAUAAUGAU